GGAUUCAAGAUCGUCGAUGUUUAAUGAACGUUGUUUUGGUCUGUUCUGUUCGCCCUCUGGUUUGAAUGGAGAUGAGAGAAAUUGACUGCUGUAUUGAUUUCUACAGUUUGAUACAAAUACUGGUCUCAAUUGACUCUUGCAAACAGCCUUUUAUACGCGGAAUUCUGAUGCUGUUGAUGAAUUUGAAUUAUUCAAUUUCUUGAAUGUGCACCCUGGUAACGUUUCACGGAAGUGUAACGCAAAAAAAAGGAUAUCUACGGAAAUUGAUUGACGAUAGCUAUAUGUUAUUUAGUCAGUUGGAUAACGUUAGUUUUGGGAAGUGACAUUAUUUUCCAGGAGAAAGUACAUCACUGGUAGGCACUCAUGUAAGUUAGAUGAGUUAGCUAUUUAGACAGUCAUUUAUACAAAAGCAACGUAACGAGCGUUACCCUGGCCUGAGCUGUUCAAUCACUGAGACCGACAGCUCUCGGCUAGCUAGCUAACGUUAGAUGGCGCAGCCGUCAACAAACGACGUUACCAGACAUUAGAUCGCCUGAGACGUUACCAUAUUUUUCUGUUAGGCAUGCAUGUAACUUGAUAUAAACUACAAGGGGUUCCCGCUGCUUUUUGGCGCUUCACACUGCCGACUUUGUCUGGUUCGAUAGACGAGUUAACUAGCUACCUCGCUAGCUACCUUGGAUAGCAUGAGUAACUUGAAUAUCUCAUACAGUAAUCAAGGCAAAACGAUGGCAUCUCAAGGCGCGUGUCGCAGUGGGACAGGUGUCUUUUACCAAGCGAUGCCAGCUGUGGGAACUGAUGGGAGAAAUGUUAUGAAACUGAUCCCUGUUCAAAAAGUAAACGGACAGUUUGUUCGAUCACCAACAAGCACUAUGAAGGACAUCCUUGAACCUCAACGAGAUCUUACCUUGGACGUGCCAUCAAUUUCGAAGAUUAACAUGUCUACUCUGGGACCCACAGCUAAAGGACAAUCGGUGAAUAAAAGGUCAUUUUACAUGAGUACCUCUCAAAAUCCAACCAAUCUGACAGGAAUAUAUAAAUCAGUGAGCAUCCAGACUCCUAUAGUAACAACAAAAGUAGCCCAAAGUGCGUUAUCCUUGACAUCACCUGAGCUAACACUUUUGAAUAAGGAUCAGCUGCCAGUCACUGUGAAAUCUCCAGCGCUUCCAAAUGGACAAUACCUUCAAAUUCCUCCUAAUGCUCAAGUGAAAACCCUUCCAGCAUCCGCACUCCCCCCAGCCAUAAAGAGGCAGAUAUUUACUUCAUCAACGAGCUGUGCCUCAAAUUCGAAUUUGCCAAUGGUUCUUUAUGUGUCCCCUGUCCAAACCAUGAAACCGGGUGGUACUCCAUUAUGUCCAACAUUUCAGAAGACGCCCCUCUCCCUCAGCCGACUUCCAAGGCCAUCUGGCCAGACACAUUCUAAAUGCUCAUCAUCAGGCUCAACACCGUGUUCUACUACUGCUAAGGAUGGCAAAAGACCGGUCACUCCUAUUAAGUGGGUGAUUGAGGAGGCAGAUGGCUCACCUGCUCAAUGCCUUGUUCCUGUGAAUUCCUCUUCUAUGACCUCCGAUAUUUUGAAAACUCUGGCAGAGAUGGAAAAAGCCACCAAACCCUGUGAAAACACAGCAAAAAAGUGUUCACCUUCCCAAGAGAGUCAGACAAGAAUUGGCCAAGAGAAGGACAAUGCCUUAGUGAUGUACAAUGGGAAGGUGUAUUUUGUUGCCAAGAAAACCCCUGAGCUUUGUAACCGACCAUCAAAGCCCUUGGAGGCCAGUAGGAACAUGGGUGACUCCACCACACAGGCAGCAGAAAGUGUUGGAUUCAAUCAGAGAAUCAGCUUACCGCCCUCCCUACCCUUAAGCUCCUCACUUGGAUCACAAUUUUCAAAUAAAACCAGACCAGAUCCUAAACACAUUGUUAUACCAGAUGACAUCAUUGACCUCUGUGACGAUGAUCCCCAAGAUGACCUUACAUAUCAGGCAAUAUCAACAAGGGACGUAACAAGGCAACCUUUCAGACAGUCUGAAGUCGAUGAGGACGAAGACUCCAAUGUAAUAUUUGUCUCGUACCUUCCACCCAAAACAGUGUCUAAAGUAGCUGAAGAAGACAAGGAAAUGGCUCAUAUGCUGAAUGACUUGGAAGCUGAACAAGAAGUGUUAUGCAGUCAAGAUCAUUUGAAUGGCCAGAUAGUGGAUAAUCAGAACAAAGUAUCUGGCCUGUCAAUAGAAAAGUGUCAGAGCAUUGCCACUGCCCAAGACAUGGCAGGCUGUCAAGGUAGUGCAACAGGCCAGGAGUUGAACUCCCGCCAGCAUAACAUCACUGGUCAAUAUAGGAAAAUUCUUCAAAGAUUUCAUGGCCGUGCAACUGGAAUCCGAAUUGAGAACAUUCAGGGUAAUGCCACUAGCAAGGAAAUGGGAAGCAGUCAUCCCAGUGCCUCAACCCAAGAAAUGGGUAAUGUCCAGGAUGAUGCCACUGACCAGGGAAUUGGAAACAGCCAGCACCAUCCUGCCACGCAAGAAAUGGACAACAUUACUGGAAGUACCUCUCUCCAAACAGAAAUGGAGACUCACAAAGAAAAGAGCUCAUCAGAUCCCAUCCCUGAGCAGCGGACUUCUGUGUUGGACAUGGAAUCCUUGGAAACUUGUGAUCGCCUGCUGAAACGGAUGUUUGGGAUCACAUCUGAUGUGAAAAUAUGUUUGGAGAGGAUUGACGCUAAACCCAAGGCUAUCCCGAAGGCGUUUCCUCGGAUUGGGACCACAAACAAACGUACCAUAGAGGCUAUUCGCAAAUUGUUACAGGGAUCAAACAUUUUGAUAAAAAAGAGGGAACACAAGGAAACAGAGGUCUCUGCAACUAGGAAGGAUGGUAGUUGCCCAAUAGAUGCUAAAAGACAGAAAAUAGAAAAAGUUACAAAUGCAUCUGAAAGUUCAGAAAACACAGAGCCUCUCACCAAUCCAACUCCUCAGCUGGAAAAGCAGCCCCUCACCAGUCCAACUCCUCAGCUGGAAAAGCAGCCCCUCACCAGUCCAACUCCUCAGCUGGAAAAGCAGCCCCUCACCAGUCCAACUCCUCAGCUGGAAAAGCAGCCCCUCACCAGUCCAACUCCUCAGCUGGAAAAGCAGCCCCUCACCAGUCCAACUCCUCAGCUGGAAAAGCAGCCCCUCACCAGUCCAACUCCUCAGCUGGAAAAGCAGCCCCUCACCAGUCCAACUCCUCAGCUGGAAAAGCAGCCCCUCACCAGUCCAACUCCUCAGCUGGAAAAGCAGCCCCUCACCAGUCCAACUCUUCAGCUGGAAAAGCAGCCCCUCACCAGUCCAACUCUUCAGCUGGAAAAGCAGCCCCUCACCAGUCCAACUCCUCAGCUGGAAAAGCAGCCCCUCACCAGUCCAAGUCCUCAGUUGAAAAUGCAGCCCCUCGCUAGUCCAAGUCCUCAGUUGAAAAUGCAGCCCCUCGCCAGUCCAAGUCCUCAGUUGAAAAUGCAGCCCCUCACCAGUCCAAGUCCUCAGCUCGACAUCUUAUCUGAUGCUGAACAUAUAUUUGGCUAUGAGGAACCGACUGUCAAUUAUCUAAUUUCCACCGCAGUUGAAACAGGGGUCCCUUCCAAACCUCUGACAGAAAUCAAUCCAGCACAUAUUUCAAAAAGAAGCUCAAACUCACCCGUUCCAUCUGUCCACCCACAAACAAACGCUGAAGCUAUGGAUUGCGCUCCUGGGCCGUUCUGUGGCACAGCAAGCAACAUAAAGCCGAACUCUAGAAGAAGGAGGGGAAAAGGGAAAAGAUGCACAGCGUGUCCGUGUGGGGUGACUGGAACACUAGUACAAGAGAAAGCAAUGAGCUCAUCAUCCACUUCACAAGAGGAGCCUAGUUCAUCUAAACCACCAAACACCAGGUCCUCAGGGAGCAGUACCUUCACAAUUGCAAAAUCGGCUAAACGAAAGGGUAGAAAGUCCACAAAGGCUCAAAUGGAAGAUAAAGAGCGAACAGCUGUGGAGAUCCAAUGUCCUUUAACUGUGAGUGAGCAGGGAAGUAGUACGGCUGGAGAGAUCCCAACCAGUUAUCUCUGCUCUACAGCACUCAUGGACCCUGAAGAAAUCAAGCGUCAUGAGAGAAUCAAACGACUGAAAGAACUCUUGAAGGAGAAGGAGGCUGCUCUUGCAAUGAUUAGAAAGAACAUGGGCUGAGUUGGACUGAAUUGCUUUCCAAAUUCCAAUGUGUUGCAUUGCAUAACUUCAGCCUUGUAGAACUCUUAUUUGAAUUGUCAUAUUUACAGUUAAUUCAGAAAGUAUUAUUCUAAAGUCAAUUAAAUAAAUAAAAUCCUCAAUCUACACACAGUACCCAAUAAUGACAAAGCGAAAACAGGUUUUUAGAAAUGUUUGCAAAUGUAGAAAAAUGAAACGUAUUUAGACUCUUUGCUAUGAGACUCGAAAUUGAGUUCAGAUACAUCCUGUUUCCAUUGAUCAUCCUUGAGAUAUUUCUACAACUUGAUUGGAGUUCACCUGUGGUAAAUUCAAUUGAUUGGACAUGAUUUGGAAAGGCACACACCUGUCUAUAAGGUCCCACAGUUGUCAGAUCUGGGGAUGGGUACCAAAAAUGUCUGCAGCACUGAAGGUCCCUAAGAACAUAGUGGCCUCCAUCAUUCUUAAAUGGAAGGCGUUUGGAACCACCAAGACACUUCCUAAAGCUGCCAAACUGGGUAGAAGGGAGGUUUACAUUAAUGUUACUACAUUAUUUAGUUGAAUAUAUCCAACGAUUUUGUGCAAUAGGACUUGUAUAAUGACAACUUACUAUAAAAUUAGUAUAUUUGGCUUUUUGUGAUGACUGCAUUUGUAAGCACUUUGUAUGCUAUCAAAAUAAUAAAGUCAAGUACUAGUCACGUUAACACGUUAACUUUGGCAGCUCUAGUCUGAAUACUUAUGUAAAUGUUAUGACUUUUUUUUUUAGGUUUAACACACUUGCUAACAUUUCUAAGUCUGUUUUUGCUUUGUCAUUAUAGGGUAUUGUGUGUAGAAAAUAUAUUUAAUCAAUUUGAGUAAGUAAGGCUGUAACGUAUCAAAAUGUGGAAAAAGUCAAGGGGUCUGGAUAGUUUCCAAAUGAAAUGUAUGUCAUGUUUUAUUACCUGCAGGAAAUGCAUUUAUUUUCUGUAUUGAAUGUUUAGUUCCAAAAUACAAUAAUUCCAGUGAUAACAUGUCAUUUACAUUUUUAUGACAAUGUUCCUAGGUUUUCCUGUUUUGUUCUAGAGGGGUAGGUAUUGAGUAUGUUGAUGCAUUGACUAAGCAUCUUAAGAUAUGUUUUCUGAAAAUAUUUCAAUUUUACUGAUUAGCAUUUUUACAAUGUUUGUAUUUCUGCUUUUGCACCUAGGUUUUCUAUUUGUUCUGCAAAGAUUGAUCACAAUUCUAUCAACAAAAUGCAUGCAGAUACUUGUUGGCUCCCUUUUAGAGUAAUUUAUUUUAUAAUGGACUAAUGUAAUAUUAACAUAUGGUUAGGUAGGCAUAAGUGUUUUCCUGUCUACGAAUAAAAAAUAUUGUAACUAAAAAAAAUAUGUAAUAAAUAAUAUUGUCAGUA